AUGGAAGAAGAAGAUCACAAUAUAGAAGCCCAGAGCUCAUUGAGGGAUUAUGCAUCACCUUCAGUUGAUGGCAUUGCCUCGAGUAUUCGUAGGCCGGCAGUACAAGCUAACAACUUUGAGAUCAAGCUGGCAAUCAUCCAAAUGAUGCAAGCCACGGUUCAAUUUGGUGGCUCUGUUAAUGAUGACCCAAAUGCACAUAUCGCCAACUUCUUGGAGAUUUGUGAUACUUUCAAGCAUAAUGGAGUCUCUGAUGAUGCUAUACGCCUAAGAUUGUUCCUAUUCUCGUUGAGAGACAAGGCGAAAGGGUGGUUGAGUUCACUUCCACCAGGUUCCAUUGCCACAUGGGAUGCCAUAGCCCAAAAGUUUCUAGCCAAGUACUUCCCACCAUCAAAAACUACAAAGAUGCGAAAUGAUAUCACUACUUUUGUGCAGUUUGAGAUGGAGACAUUGUAUGAAGCCUGGGAGCGCUUCAAGGAGUUGUUAAGGAAGUGUCCACACCACCAAUUACCCGUGUGGCUUCAGGUACAAACUUUCUAUAAUGGAUUAUCUUCUACUAAUCGUUCUAUGAUUGAUGUAGCUACAGGAGGUACCAUUAUGAGGAAGACACCGGAUGAAGCUUAUGAGUUGUUGGAUGAAAUGGCGUCUAACAAUUAUCAAUGGCAAGCUGACAGGUUACCAAUGAGAAGACCGAUUGUAGGACAUGAAGUGAGCAACAUCAGUGCUUUAUCCACUCAGGUGGCUGCCCUUAAUGCAAAGUUGGACAAUUUAUGCAAUCCAUCCAUGCCUACCAGGAGCAUCACUUGUGACUUAUGUAGAGCGGUAGGACACGGUUCAGUAGAGUGCCAAAUGGGGAAUACUUUUGCAAAUGUGUCAGAAUCUGCCAACUUUGUAGGGAAUUUCCAUUGUCAGCAACAUAAUCCAUACUACAAUGUUUACAAUCCAGGAUGGCGUAACCACCCCAAUCUCUCAUGGAGCAAUCAUAAUGCUAUAAACCAUCAAGCACCUUCUGGAUUCCAGCCACAACAAGAGAAGAAACCAAGCUUGGACGAGUUGAUGACCAAGUUCGUAAAUACUGCUGAGACAAGAUUCCAAGGUAUGGAAACCAAAUUUCAGAACCAGGAGGCAUCUAUUCAAAACUUGGAGGUACAGGUUGGGCAGAUUGCCAAGAUGCUUUAUUCUAGCCCCAAGGCUCUCUACCAAGCAACACAGAGACCAAUCCAAGAGAGUUAG